AUGAUGCUGUCAAGAGGUCGUUGGGCAUCUACACACAUCCUUAAUCUUCACCAGAUGGAGGCUGGCUUUUGCACCACGUGCAUCAUCUUAUGUGAGUCCAUCACACUAUUGGACUCAUAAAAAGGACUCAUGGCGAUGGCUGGAAGUCUAAGGAGAUCUGACCUAAACCUUGAAACGGAUUUAUCUGGGUCAGCAUCCCAAACCCUGACAAGUGCCGACUACAAACUUUUCGACAAGGUACUUAAGAAAUUAGACAAACUUAAUAGGCUGUGUUCAGACCCACAACUACGCCUGAAGGUCAGUCCACCGUACCUGCCGGAGCUGGUCCUGGACACUGUAAAGCUCCUGACGGAUGUAUGGGCUCCAUAUAGGACAUCGGUCCCAGCGGUGCCUCGGUGGGAUGAGGGAGAGUACUUAAGGAUCCACGUCCGACACUUGCUGGACAAGACGGAAAAGGCCGUGCUGCUGUUCAAGGAGGGCAAGGAGAAGAUCUUUGAGGAAAAGUCGAGCUAUAGGAGAAAACUGACUAAACUGUCUCUGCUGUUCAGCCACAUGCUUUGGGAGCUCCGUGCCAUGUUUCCUGGGGCUCGAUUUCAGGGUGACACCUACAUUCUGACCAAAACAGAGGCAAGACAGUUCUGGAGGGCAAUAUUUGGAUAUAGGUGUAUCGUACAGUGGAGUGUUUUUAAGCAGCAUCUGAAAAGAGUACACAACUUUGAAGAGGGAAUGGAGGCAAUGGCUUUGAAGUCGACUAUUGAUCUGACUUGUAACGAUCACAUUUCGAUCUUCGAGUUUGACAUCUUUACCAGGCUCUUUCAGCCCUGGUCAACACUGCUGAGGAACUGGAAUCAGUUAGCGGUUACUCACCCAGGAUACAUGGCCUUCCUCACCUACGACCAGGUACAAGCACGACUGGAAAACCACAUACAUCGUCCUGGCAGCUACAUCUUUCGUCUCAGCUGCACACGAAUGGGCCAGUGGGCAAUCGGUUAUGUGGCAUCUAAUGGUAGCAUUGUGCAAACUAUCCCAGAGAACACGCCUUUGUUUCAGGCUCUAAUCCAUGGAUUUAGAGAGGGAUGCUACUUAUACCCAGAUGGGCGUGAUGUGAACCCUGACCUUACCAGCCUCUGUACGCCAUCUCAGAAAGGUUGUGUUAAGGUCACAGAGGAGCAGUAUGAGUUGUACUGUGACAUGGGCAGCACAUUUCAGCUGUGUAAGAUCUGUACUGAGAGAGAAAAGGACACACGCAUUCAGCCCUGUGGACAUCUGCUCUGCAGACCAUGUCUUACUGGUUGGCAGAAAUCAGAUGCACGCACCUGCCCUUACUGCCGCUGUGACAUUAGAGGAACAGAGUCCAUCCUCAUUGAGCCGUAUCUGCCCACAAAAGACAGAACACCGCCAAGAAAAAAAGACGAGGAAGAGGAAGACGAGGAAGAGGAGGAAGACCAUAUAGACAUGCAACAAUUCAUGAAAGAGUUAACUGCAAUGAAAAUGACAUCAGAAGAGGAAUAUCAAUAUCCCAGAUCCAGCUUAAUGCCUCCUCCACUUCCACCGAAACAGAGCAUCUCGCCCUCAUCCUCGUGCCCCUCUCCCAGACCACAAGUCAGAGACAGACUGGUUAAAAGUCACAGCGACUCGAGUACCAGCAGCAUUAUUUCACAUUCUGUCAACCAGCUAACUCACUCUGAAGCAUCUGACAGAGAAGAUCAGCUUUCUGAGCAGAGUCUAAGCCUUCCAUCAGUUUUACAGUCAUGCAGAAAUGUUGGAGUCCCAUGGACAAGAACUGCACGUUCAGAUAAAAAAAGGAAAGACAAAACAAGGGAAAAGAAGGAGAAGAGGGGCGAGCUGGACACAGGAUCAGUGGAAAGACAGAGUCGACAUAAAAACUCCCACAGACAUCUCUCUUCUUUAACAUUUCUGCAGGAUUUCACCAUGGAAGCCAAUAUAAUGAAGGAUUAAACUGUGUUAAUCACAUUAAUCACAAUAAUCGAAGCACAAUGCCAUGUAUAAUUCAUUAUUUUGGAGUUUACAUUCUCUCACUCUACUAAAUAUGAAAUGAAUGUAUACUGACAUGGGAUAGACAACAGCUUAUUUAAAAUACAGAGGUUCUCUACCUCACAGCUGGAGACUGACAAUGUAAAAUAGUUAUUGUAUAAAGACUACAUGUACUGUACUUGAUUAGAUAAAUUAAUUUAUAUAAUGUGACAGACAGCUCAAAUAGAAGAGCACAAUAUAUUUUGGAAAGAAGUAUCAUAAUAAACAAGGCAGCAUUAGCUAAUACAUGUUCAUAUUUCUGUCUUAUAUUUUAACUGCAAAU